GUGGAAAAGGGGGCCGGUGCCGCAGCCGCGGUGCUCCGCUUGGGUUCGCUGGUUCCUUUGUGCCCGCUGCCCGACCUCUCCUGGACGGGCGGUAACGCGUCAGUGCUCAGCGCCACAUCCCUCUCCAGAAGCUCACACCAGGCAUCAGGGAGCUUUCCAGGCGGCUCAGUCAUGGAUGAAACUGUUAUUGAGUAUAUCCGAAGAACUGUGCUAAAAAUCCCACGAAAAGAAAUCAAGAUAAUGCUACAGAAGUGGGGCUUUCUGUCUCGGAGUCAGCUGCAAACCAUAAACUUCCAACAGACAAAGGAGAACAUCUCUCGGCGUGUUGCUCUGCUCUGUCAGGAAAAUUCUGCAGACAUAAAGGAAGCAGCUGCCCUAGACAUAAUUUACAACCAUGUUUACCCAAACAAGAGAUUGUGGAGUGUUUACCAAAUGAACAAAACCAUUUACCAAAUGAAAGAGAAAGAAACAGAAUUUUUUGACAUAAGAGAUUUCAAAACAAAAUUUAAAAGAAAACUUCAUUCAGCCUUGGAAAACGUCACCAUCAACUUUAGAGAAUAUGAUGAUAGUGCUAUCUGGAUUCGAAUUGCCUGGGGAACACCAUAUAGAAAACCAAACCAGUACAAAACCAGCUAUGUUGUAUACCAUUCACAGACUCCAUAUGCCUUUGUUUCUGUCUCGAUGUUUAGGAGCAACGUGCCUCUGCUCCUUGAGGCCCUGGUUGCUGCUUCCAAUUACAAUCACAUCUGUGCAAUGGAGCUUCGAAGUCAUUCUUUAAACUCCCUUAAAGAAAUUGUGUUUAACAGAUAUAGCCAGAACUUCCAAACUUAUUAUCCUGAAGCUCUACAAGAACACAGUGUAGAACCAGAAAGUGAGCCACAGAUAGUUCACGAAAACAGAAAGACGAAAGAAAAAAUACAGGGAAUGAAUCAGCAGGCUUUUUGGGAUUGUUCCCUACCGAAACUUGAAUAUGCACAAUAUAAGCUUGAGACGAUGUUUGAAAGUGAUCCUAAAAUGGGUGUUUUGCAUCGAAAACAACCAUUCAGAUGUCUGGUCAAGUUUUCUAGUCCAGAUCUCUUCGAAUCACUGAAAUCCCUGGCAGCAACGAGUAUGGCUGAGACAUCGCUUUCACCACUGCUUACCUGUAUACCACAGAAACCUAUGAAUAAUUUUAGAAUUACAGAGAAACAUCACUUAUUUCCGGGAGACUUUCUACGUCCUUAUGUCUAAACUGAUUUACAGAGGAACAUACAAUUCACUUAUUACUGGUAUUAAUCUACACUUUUAAACUUUUAAAACAUUUUAAAAAAUAUUUUUAAAAUAUUAAAUUUUUUUCCGAACUGCU